UGUUCAGAAAAUGUGACACACAGCACAACGCCGCCUUGGUCUUGCAUGAGGACCUGAGGAUGAAAUUGUUACUUUGGGGGAAUGUGCUGCUGCUUUUGGGAUCUGUUGUUGUCCAGGCCACACACAACCCAGCUCUGGACACAGCAUGGAAAGACUGGAAAUCAACCCACCAGAAACAGUACUCAGAUUUGGAUGAGGAGUCCAUCCGCAGGAGCAUCUGGGAGAAGAACAUGCUGAUGAUUGAGGCCCACAACCAGGAGUACGAGCUGGGGAUCCACACCUACGAACUGGGCAUGAACCACCUGGGAGACAUGAUUAAAGAAGAGGUUGUGGAGAGGAUGAUGGGCUUCAGACCAGGCGUGCAUGGAGAGCACAACAACACCUUCGUUCCUGAGUCUGGGCCAGUGCCUUGCAAAAUUGACUACCGCAGAUGUGGCUAUGUCACGUCUGUGAAAAAGCAAGGCAAUUGUGGUGCAUGCUGGGCCUUCAGUGCCGUGGGUGCUCUUGAGGGCCAGCUGAGGAGGAUCGGGAAGGAACUGGUGGACCUGAGCCCCCAGAACCUGCUGGACUGUGUGGAGAAGAGCCGUGGCUGUCAAGGGGGACGCAUGGAAUAUGCCUUCGACUACGUCGCCCAUUCCAAAAAAGGCAUCACCAAUGAGACGACUUACCCCUACAAAGAAAUGCUGGGGAUGUGCCGUCGUGAUGUCCCAAAGGCCAUGUCCUGUAAAGGGUUUAUGACCAUUCCACCAGGAGAUGAGGACUCACUGGCCAAAGCGCUGGCCCAGUCUGGCCCCAUCUCCGUGGCUCUUGACGCCAGCCAGCGCACAUUUCGGUUCUACAAAAAGGGUACUUAUUCUGAUUACUACUGCCGUCCUGACAAGUUGACCCAUGCUCUCCUUGUGGUAGGUUAUACCCGACGAGAAUGGAUCGUGAAGAACAGCUGGGGACAGAACUGGGGUGUCAAAGGCUACAUUUACAUUCAGAGGGGCCAAAAUGUCUGUGGCAUCGCCAAUGCAGCCAGCUUUCCUAUUGUGUGAAGAUCGCUUUUGCAGAGGGAAACUUACAAUUAUUUCCUGCUGCCAUACAAAGAAAAAUAACUGUUAACUGUGUUUAAUUUGUU